GACAUGUGCGAGUGGAUGGGGUACUAAGCAAGCUAUGACGCGUGCGGGAGCCGCGGCUGUCAGCGGAGAGCUGAACACCAUAAGAAACCAAAGAGCACCUCCAACAUCUCCGACCCUUACCUUGUUCAGGCACAAUGUCCGUCGAGGAAGGCACCCAUGCCUUGGCUGAUGGCAAGCAGCUAUAUACGAAGACAUUCAAGACGGAUGGUCCGGCAAAAGCCCGACUUGUGUUCAUACACGGAUUCUCAGACCACGUCAACACGUACGGCGACUUCUUCCCUCAUCUAGCGUCUAGAGGUAUUGAAGUUUAUACGUUCGACCAGAGAGGAUGGGGCCGAUCUGUAGCAAAACACGCCGAGCGAGGAGACACGGGCCCAACCACGCAGGUGCUGGACGACAUUACCUCCUUCAUCAAGACAUUGAUCCCGAGCCCUGUCCCGCUCUUCAUGAUGGGGCAUUCCAUGGGUGGCGGUGAGACGCUCUGCUAUGCCGCACAAGGUCCGGAGGAGGUGCUCAAGCACAUUCGCGGCUUCCUUUUGGAGUCGCCUUUUGUCGACUUUGACCCCAAGUCCAAGCCAUCACCCAUCACAGUCUUUUUCGGUAGGGUCGCUGGAAAGCUCAUGGCAAAGCGUCAGUUGACCAACAAAUUGGAUCCAAAACUCAUCUCGCGAGACCCAGAGGUCUGCAAGCGAUUCGAUGAAGACGAGCUCUGCCACGAUACCGGCACGCUCGAGGGACUCGCUGGAUUGCUCGAUCGAACCAAUGCUUUGUCCAGUGGGAAGAUCAUCAUACCUGAUAACGUUGGAGAGGGUGGCGUAACAAGGAUCUGGAUAGCUCACGGCGAGCAGGAUGGCAUCACUAGCUACCAUGCCUCGAAACGCCUGUUCGAUGCCUUGCAAGUCAAGGACAAGGAGUUCAAGUCGUACGCAGGGCACUUUCAUCGCUUACACGACGAGCCUAGUCCUGAUAAAGACCUGUUCCGGGACGACGUCGCAAACUGGGUACUGGCUCGCGUGACGGACCCUGUGGGUGAUGAUAGUGCGAAGCCAAGGCUAUGAAUCUGUGUAGAAGCUCUCUAGAACAGGCAACAAGCGCGCUGGCAACGUAAUCACGAUACGAAUAUCUUUGGGCGUGCGUUUCUUAGCCCAACUCGUACGCACACGCGCGGCUCCUGAGGUGGAAGGCGGAGGAUCUCUAGGCCCAUGUCCCUGCAGAAAUUGACGACGGCACGGGAAUGAUGCAUGACGGUUGCAAUGACAUAGUGUGCGGUUGUUAAAUUUGGCAA